AUGUUUGCAGAGGGUUCGGCAUCUGGUAUGAGACCUCCAACUUUGAACAUCUUCCCUUCCCAACCGAUGCAUGUGGUAGACCCUUCGACCUCUACUACUAAGGCAACUACUGGAUUAGUUUCUCCAUCAAGCAGUGGUUCAAGAAGACCAUCGGAGCAGUCUAUGGAUAACAUUGCCAACCACAAAAAGGAUGCUCCUCCACCUGCCCCUCAAUCCUCUAAAGCUAUCAAGAACGAGGGAAACAAGAAAGGGCCUUCAACUAGUUCAGAUCAGAAUCGCCCGAAAACACCGGAUCCUAAGACAUUGAGGAGACUUGCUCAGAAUAGAGAGGCAGCAAGAAAAAGCAGGCUGAGAAAAAAGGCUUAUGUUCAGCAGCUAGAAUCAAGCAGAAUUAAACUUACCCAAUUGGAACAAGAGUUGCAAAGAGCGAGAGCUCAGGGGGUUUAUCUUGGUAAUGGCGGUGGUGUUCUUGGAGCUGAUCAAGGUGUUCCUCUUGGCAUGAGCAACAUAAGCUCAGAUGCUGCAGUUUUUGACAUGGAGUAUGCAAGGUGGCUGGAGGACUACCAUCGUCAAAUGUGUGAGCUUCAAGCUGCAGUUCAAGAACACUUGCCAGAAAACGAGCUCCGAAUCUAUGUUGAUAACUGCAUAGCACGUAUUGAUGAUGUGAUGAAUCUGAAGAGCAUCGUUGCUAAAUCUGAUGUUUUCCACAUCAUCUCCGGUACCUGGAAAACUCCUGCUGAGCGGUGCUUCAUGUGGAUUGGAGGGUUUCGACCAUCUGAGCUCAUCAAGAUAAUUCUUGGUCAAAUCGAGCCAUUAACUGAGCAACAACUAAUGGCGAUAUGUGAAGUGCAACAAGCUACACAAGAAGCCGAAGAAGCACUUUCACAAGGGCUCGAUGCACUAAAUCAAUCUUUAUCUGAUACCAUUGCUUCUGAUGCUCUAAGUUCACCUACAAACAUGGCUAACUACAUGGGUCAAAUGGCUGCAGCCAUGAACAAGCUCUCCACCCUAGAAAGUUUCGUUUUACAGGCUGAUAAUUUGCGACGCCAGACAAUUCAUCAUGUACUCCAACUCCUGACAACUCGCCAGGCAGCCAGGAGUUUGCUAGCAGUGGCUGAGCACUUCCAUCGCCUUCGCUCUCUCAGCUCUCUUUGGGUGGCACGCCCUCGACAAGAUUAGGAGAAAAAAAGCAACCCAUCGAUCUUGUCUUUCAGUUGGUUCUAGUUUUUUUCUUUCUUUUUUCGCCCUUUUUUUUAAGUACUUUAUGACGUUUUUUUUGUUCACUUUGCAUCCUUUAUCUAGAGAGAUGUAUAGAUAGACAGAAGUCCCGU